GCGGAGCGCGGCGACGACGCUCGCUGAGGAGGCCCGGUUCACCCCCCGAUCCUGAACGGCGCUGAGCUGGGGCUACGGAAGCGGGCUGUGAGUCCCGGCGGCAGAGGAGGAAAGCAGUGGGCGGCCUCGGCGCUCCCCUUGACGGGGUCGGCGGGAGGAUGAGUGCAGCCCGAGAAUCCCACCCGCACGGGGUGAAGCGCUCAGCCUCCCCUGACGACGAUAUUGGUUCUAGCAACUGGGAGGCAGCUGACCUGGGCAAUGAAGAGAGAAAACAAAAGUUCUUAAGACUAAUGGGAGCUGGAAAGAAAGAACACACUGGCCGUCUUGUUAUAGGAGAUCAUAGAUCAACAUCUCACUUCAGAACAGGGGAAGAAGAUAAGAAAAUGAAUGAAGAACUGGAGUCACAGUAUCAACAGAGUAUGGACAGUAAAUUAUCAGGGCGAUAUCGGCGACAUUGUGGACUUGGCUUCAGUGAGUUAGAGGAUCCUGAUGGGGAAGGUGACGCUGCUGGAAAUGAUGAUGAUGAUGAUGAUGAUGAUUCACCUGACCCUGAAAGUCCAGAGGACUCUGAAAGCGAUUCAGAGUCUGAGAAAGAGGAAUCUGCUGAAGAACUACAAACUGCUGAACAGCCAGAGGAAGUGGAGGAUCCCAAAGCUAAGAAGGAUGCAAAGAGCAAUUACAAAAUGAUGUUUGUUAAAUCCAGUGGUUCAUAACUCCGAAUGUGUGAUUAGUCUUUGUAUUCAAAGUAAGCCUUAUUGUUAUAAUGCACAGUGGAGGACUGCUUCUAUAGCACAGACCUUUGUAUUAUAAUUUUAAAAAAGGCCCUUCUUUUAAAUAAUUACAAAGAGUGUUUGCUUUCAGAUGCCAUGAAUUACAAUUUUAUGGGCAUGAUUAUAUCCAUUUUUGUAAAAUAUAAGAGUUGCAUUGUACAAAAGACAAAUAAAUAUGAUUCCCAGCUUCCUUUCACAUUA